CCUUAACAACUAAAAGCCUUAAAGUUGAAUACUGUUGUUAGAAAUCAAAUCGGGAGCUGAAUUUUGUCAUACAUACCGAUGGCAAGAUCUAAUUAUCAAUAAAAAGUCGGUCGAUCAAGUUAGCUCCAUAUGUCAUAGAAUGUCAGAAAUCCAAAACGUUUCAAGACGCGAGACGUCUAUAGAGAUGACCCCUUUUCCUCCUUCGCCAUCUCCUCGCAAUCGACCAUGUGAUUCAACAUCAUCAAGACCUUCAGUUCGUCAAUCGAAUGUCAAAUUUGAUCAGUUUGAAGAAGUAGCCUUCUGUUGUCUAAAGCGAGAAAGUUUACCAAGAAGAUGGUUCAUUAAACUUGUCAGUUCUCCAUGGUUCGAGCGUACGAGCAUUUUAGUGAUUUUAUUAAACUGUGUAACGUUAGCCAUGUACAAUCCAUUUGACAAGACCUGCGCUACAAAGAAAUGUCAAAUUCUUGAGAUCCUAGAGACUGCUAUCUACGCCUUUUUUGUGGUGGAGAUGUUGAUAAAAUGGAUGGCUAUGGGAGUAUUUGGUGAUUUAGGAUACUUCAAAGACUCUUGGAAUAAACUGGAUUGUUUCAUUGUUCUUGCAGGAACAUUUGAACUUGCCUACGGCGAAGGAAGAUAUUUGAGUGCUGUUAGAUCAGUUCGUGUGUUGAGACCAUUAAGAGCAAUAAAUCGAGUUCCAAGCAUUCGCAUUUUAGUUAUGCUUUUGCUGGACACGUUGCCAAUGCUAGGCAGUGUUCUGGCAAUUUGCUUUUUGAUUUUUGCAAUAUUUGGGAUCAUUGCUGUUCAACUUUGGCAAGGUCUUUUACGUGCUCGCUGCUUUCCACAGGACCUUAACAGUAGCAUCAUUAAACAGUAUAAUUUGACAGAGUUUUACCGUCCAUCAUUCAAUGAAUAUUAUGUCUGUUCAUUGUCAGAAAAUAACGGCUUAUCUAAAUGCAGUCCUCAUAACUUUAAUCCGUACAAGGUCAACAAUAAAGUGUGUAACCAAAGUUUCCUCACGACGGAGAACACGUCAUCAUCACAUUGCGUGGACUGGUACCAAUAUUAUACGUUGUGUCGGCAAAGUGGAGAAAAUCUUCACUGGGGUUCAGUAUCUUUUGAUAACAUUGGUAUAGCAACAGUUGUAAUAUUUCAAAUCAUCACACUCGCUGGAUGGUCAGACAUUAUGUAUAAAAUACAAGAUGUACAUUCCUUUUGGAAUUGGAUUUAUUUCGUCUUUCUUGUUUUUCUUGGUUCUUACUUCAUGACAAAUCUCUUUUUUGUUGUGAUAACGUCACAAUUCCAACAAACAAAACAACGCGAGAAGGAGCUAAUGAAAAAAUCGCGCCUGCGAUGUCGGGCCAGCGUCAGCACGGUAUCCUCAAGUUUGACGCAGCAAGGAUGUUAUACACAGUUGUUGCAAUAUCUUGAGCAUCUUUGCCGUCGUUUUAAAAAGUACAUUUGUUCCAAGAUCAAAAUGGACAAAGAUCAAAGUUUGACGCAGCAAGGAUGUUAUACACAGUUGUUGUGUUAUUAUAAACAUUCUUGCGACGACGAUGAUGUGGAUAGCCCAAAUACAAAGAAAAAAUGUUGGGUCAAGAUACGUGAUAAUCUCAAAGCAUUUGUUGAAAGUCAACAUUUUACGAGGUUCAUCAUGGUGUCCAUAUUUCUGAACACGAUUUGUAUGGCCAUAGAGCAUCAUGGGCAGCCGAAGAAAGUGACCGACAUUUUGGAAACUGUCAACGUCUUAUUUACCUCAAUUUUUGCGAUAGAAAUGCUGAUAAAAAUUGCGGCAUUUGGACCUUACGGUUAUAUUAAAGAUGCAUAUAAUCUGUUUGAUGGUGUGAUUGUCAUUGUAAGUUUUAUAGAUAUUUUCGCUGACAGCGAUACGAGUGGUUUGUCUGUUAUGAGAUCAUUUCGACUAUUGAGAAUAUUCAAACUUGUUCGUUUCAUGCCAGAGUUGAUACGUCAGUUGGACGUUAUGAAACUAGCUUUAGAUAAUGUCAUGUCUUUUCUGGCGUUACUUACUUUGUUCGUAUUUACAUCAAGCAUUUUGGGGAUGCAUCUUUUUGGAGGGAAAUUCCAGUUUGCAAACGAAGAUGGUCAGCUGGUCACAUCGCGGGCUAAUUUUGACAGUUUAUUUUGGGCGCUUGUCACAGUGUUUCAGAUUCUGACUGAAACUGACUGGGAUGUCGUUCUUUUUGAUGGAAUUCGUUCUCUCUCAUCAUGGUCUUCUCUUUAUUUUAUAUUUAUUAUGGUCAUUGGAGAUUUUAUUUUAUUUAAUCUCCUCAUCUCUAUCAUUGUCGAAGGUUUUAUAGACCAAGCUGUUGCUGAAGAAAAUGAAAACGAAACCGCUGACAAUCAUGCCACGUCAUGUUUAAAGCGUAGUCAAGAAUGGUCACUUUUUGUCUUUUCACCAGAAAAUAAAUUUCGUCGACUUUUAGAAAUUCAUAAGUAUGAAUGGUUUGAUCGCGUGGUAUUGCUGCUUAUCUUGAUAAAUUGUAUUGUUAUGGCAAUGGAAGAACCUGGAUUGGACAAGAACAGUGAGAUGGGACAGUUUAUUCAAAUAAUGCAGUAUAUUUUCACAGCAGUAUUUACGAUUGAGAUGUCUAUCAAGGUGAUAUCUAUGGGUCUUAUCAUUGGUCCUGAUACAUAUCUAAAAUCUGGUUGGAACAUCGUCGAUGGAAUCUUUGUACUUAUUUCACUGGUUGAUCUUAUCGUUUCCUUGACAACAGAGGGCAGCGGUGGAAUCUUUAGAAUUCUAAGAGUACUUCGAGCGAUUCGUACUUUAAGACCUCUACGAGUUAUAAACCGUUAUCCUGACUUAAAAUUGGUUGUUGAAACAUUGAUCAGUUCACUAAAGCCGAUCGGAAACUUUUUUCUUAUAGCUGCUACGUUUUUUGUUAUAUUUGGAAUCUUGGGUGUACAGUUGUUUAAAGGCAAAUUUUAUUCCUGUCACGAUGCUAAAUCAUCAUUAAAAAUAAAUAACAAAGAUCAAUGUAUUUCAAACGAUGGAAACUGGAUGAACAACGUGUACAAUUUUGACAAUUUGGCUAGCGCUUUAUUAACACUUUUUGUGUUUUCAACAUGUGAUGGCUGGACGGCCAUAUUGUACUCAGGCAUUGAUGCAGUUGAUGUUGACAAACAACCAAAACGUGAUUACGCCAAGUGGAAUGUUUUGUAUUUUAUUGCAUUUCUUCUGAUUGGUCGCUUCAUUGUAAUGAACAUGUUGGUUGGUAUUGUGAUCGAAAACUUUCACAAAUGUCACGAUGAACAGGAACAAAAUUCAUCCUCUAGAGAGACAGUGAAUACACGAUUAAGAUCACCAAGAAAUUCAAUUUCAGAAAUCGCUGAUCCUAGCAUUCCUGAAUGGCGCAAGAAAUUGCUUCGAUUUGUUACUCAUGCGUAUUUUGAUCUAGCCAUUGCUAUUGUUAUUGGUAUCAAUGUUGUUUGUAUGGCUAUGGAGCAUUACAACCAACCCAAAAUGUUGACCUUGUGUUUACAAUACGCAAACUAUAUAUUCACUUUCUUGUUCGUGUUGGAAGCAGUUCUUAAAUUAAUCGCUUUUGGAAUAAGAAAUUAUUUUAAAGACAGUUGGAAUUGUUUUGAUAUGUUCAUUGUAAUCUUGUCAAUUGGUGGGAUUAUAUUAGAUGAGUUAGCAACAUCUGAUCUACGGAUCAAUCCAACUAUCAUACGUGUUAUAAGAGUUCUUAGGAUAACUAGAGUGUUGAAGCUUUUGAAAAGAGCAGAAGGAAUCCGUUCUUUGUUGAAAGCCAUCGGUAAAGCAUUACCACAGGUCACCAACUUAGGAAUUCUUUAUGUUCUUGUUUUUUUCAUUUUUGGAGCUUUAGGAAUGGAGUUGUUCGGUCGUAUAUCUUGUAAAAAAAACGAAUGUAAUGGUUUAGAUGACACACAUGCACACUUUCAAAAUUUUGGCUACUCUGUUUUAACCUUGUUUCGUGUAUCUACAGGAGACAACUGGAUUGGAAUAUUACAGGACACAAUGAGCUCAAAAAUAUGCAAUUCUGGUGAAAGAGAGGGAUGUGUUAUCAUCAAUAAUAUUGCUCCUGUCUUUUUCUUUUCAUUUGUUCUUAUAACACAAUUUAUCCUCCUCAAUAUUGUCGUCGCCGUUUUGAUGAAACAUUUGGAGGAAAAUACAUUAUGUGACGAGGAUGAAUCUAAUGAAGGGAUGCAGUCGAACUCGCAUAUUGAAUCUUCCAAUCAAGAAGCUUGUGUGUCGAAUAAUCCUUCUUUGCAAUGUGAAGAUUUGACUUCUGUUAAUGAAAUUUCUCGCGCUCCUGUGAGCCCUUCGCAAACAUCGAUUUCCAACGAAAGAAUGAACACAAACCGCUCUGAAUUGUUUGUAAAGGGUUCAAAUAAAGAAAAUGAAGAUAGUUAUGAUAUGUCAAAAGACGAAGAAGAACUCAAUGUUUUACUUAACUCUGACAGAAAAACUCAAAAAAAUUUAACAAACCAAGAGCUUACUAAGACGCAUAGGAUGAACAAUCACCAAAUGGAAGCAACUGAAAAGGACAGCGUAGUUCAUUUAUCAAUUGAUGGUAAAUCAUUUGAGAGCGAUGUGUGAAAUUGCAAAUAAGACAAUACCAUGUCUUACUAGGAACAGAAGACAAAUGGCAAUGGGAGCACUGGGGCUCACUAGGCCUGAUUACUGAAAUCGACAUGGUUGAAAGAAAUUUACAAAGCCUUAAAAAAUUGUGAAAAAUAUUCGAAUUUAUGUAACUCUUUAUGUGGGUCAUCUCACUUAGCAUUUUUUCUCAUGCUCCCCCCCGCUUGUCGACUGUUGAGUGUCACGCGCGUGUUUUCACACGAAUCACACGAUUGAUAAACUUUUGCGCGAGUUUUUAAAAUGGCGUAGUACACGUUGUGUAGUGUUUUGUAUUUUGUUUUGUAAUAGAAGGAUUUGUCAAUUAUCUUUUUUUGAAUAAAAAUCACAGCAAUUUAUAUACUGUAA